AUGGCAACCAGUAUGGGCCCAAAUUUCUCUGGGCAUCCUGCCGGCAUGGGACAUCCAGGUGUCGCUGGCCAUCCUAUGGGUCCCGGCGGCAUGCCUCAUAACCAAGGCCAGCAAGGCGGUCCUGGUGGUGGAAUGCCUCAUCAAUUUGGAGGACCCAUGGUCUCUGCUCAAGGAGCUCAAGUAAACCCUGCCCUCAUGGGCGGUAUGCCGCCGGGUGCGAACCCAAAUGCUCAUGCUUUACAGCAUCUCAAUCCCGCCGCUCAACAGCAAAUGAUUCAACAGCAAAUCCAGCAACAACAUUUCGCCAAUAAUCCCCAAGCGAUGGCAGCGAUGCGACAACAACAGCAACAGUUACUUCAACAACGACAGCUUAUGGCUCAACAAGUCGCUUUCCAGGCCAAUCUACAGGGCGGCAUGCCGAUGAACAUGGCCCAAUUCAGCCAACUCAACCCGCAGCAACUGCAGCACCUCAGAGGGAGGUUAGGUCCUGGACAGCAUCCUCAGGCCCAAGCGAUUAUGGCCCAGCAGCUUGCCCUCCAACAACAUCAGCAGCAGCAGCAACAGCAGCAACAGCAACAGGCUGCACAUGCUCAACAAAUGCAAGGUGGACCUAAUCCAGGCCAACAGGUGCCCAUGAAUGCUCAAAGCAUUCAAGCCAUGCAGCAACAGAAUCAGCUCGCUCUCCAAAACCAGAUGGCAAAUCAACAGGGUCAGCCUCAACCUCAGCCACAACAACAGCAUCAGCAGCAACAGCAGCAUCAACAACAGCAGCAGCAACAACAACAGCAACAACAGCAGCAACAACAGCAGCAACAACAGCAACAACAGCAGCAGCAGCAGCAGCAGCAACAACAACAACAGUCUGCUCAACAGCAACCUCAACAUACCCCUCAGCAGUCAUCACAGGCUGGAACGCCAGCUCCUACUGGGCCACAGACCCCUGCUCAGACACCUAGCUCAACCCCUGCUCAGCCAACUCAGCUGCCACCUGGUCAAAACCAGCCUCAAGUGCCACAAACUCCUGCUCAGGCCCAGGCUCAACCUCAGCCUCAACAGCCUCAGGGCCAGGCUCAGGCUCAAGCUCAGGCACAAGCUCAGGCUCAGGCCCAGGCCCAGCCUCAGCAGCAUCAAAUGAACGCUGCCGCUGCCCAGCACAUUGCGAUGCAAAAUCAGAUGAUGCAGCAACAGCAACAGCGGAGGGAGAGUAUGAAAGGCCAGUGUCUGCUUAAACUGAUGCAGUUUAACGAGCAUCUUAGUGGCUUCCCCGGCUCCAAGGGCCGCGAUGACCUCUCAUACUGGCAAAACUUCGCGAUGCGAUUUUUCUCCCCAAAUGGCGUAUUCCGUCAUUCAUUGCAUAUUACUGAUGCCGAGGACACGACCGAUAAACAAUACGAAAUCGCAUACCCGGCCAUUGCUCGCUACUUCCAUACUCAUUUUGGCAGCGGCGUCAAAAACAUACAGCUGGUCAUGGAUAAGGGUACGACCGAUCGGCCUCUUCCAGGAGACUGUCACUGCAUCGAGAAUGCAAAGUCCAGCCUUGUGUAUUGGUACGAGACUGGAUCUCACCUGGUCGCGAGUGGUACUUUACGAGUACAGUUUGACGCAGAACAGAAGAUCGAGCUGUUCGAAUUUCUUACAACAAGUCACGAAGAAUACAUCUCACGAAAACAGGUCAUCGAUGCCGCUAAACCAGCCCAUAUGUGGAUGAAGGAAUGGCAUAAGACGAACUCGCAGGAUGGCAAAUCACCUGAAUUGUCUAAGAAGGGCAAAGGUCGACAGCUGAAGUCCCCCCAAACACAGCCUCCAGAGGUCCUGGUUGAUCUGCCAGACUCGGCUGUGAAUAGCAAGGGUGUGACUGAAGCUGUCUUCCAGUUUCUUGAGAUUGUUGAAGUGAUGGGACAGAUGAACCCAUUAUUCCAAUUUUAUCACUCGAACCCCGGUAUGGGCGCGUAUCAAGCUCUCGAGCAAUACGUCUCAACAACUAUCAACGGAGCUCCUCCAAACAUGAACGGUCAACAAAUGGCCCCCGGGGCCCGCACACCUAGCUUUGGGCAAUUCCCGAUGGGCACAAGCCCCGCUGCGGCUCAUAUGAAUCUACCUGGAUCACCUCACAUGGGCAGCCCAGCACCCGGUCAUAUGCAGGCCCCUGGAAUGCAGAUGCAGCAAAGUCAACAAGGUACAGGGUCAAGCGGACCUAGCGCAAACACAUCCCCCGCUUCGAACAAGCGAAGAAGACCGUCAGCAGUGAAAGAGGAGGAUGGAUCUGGAGCUCCUACGCCCAAUGCUAAUGGAAUGCCUCGCAACGCCAAGCCUCCCACACCAAGAAUGCCAAAACGACUCAAGGGUAACCCGCCUGCGCAGUAA